GAUUCAUGCAGUAUGUAGUGUCCCCCCUAUUUAAAGAAUGGAUGUCUUUCCUGCCUAGUGAUCUCAGCAAGUGCAUGUAUGAUAACAUACACGAGAAUAAAACGAAAUGGGAGCAAAUUAUUAAUGAGAGCAAUAACAAGGGUGAGAAUCAUAGUAAUGUUGAUCCCCCUGUAGAGGCUGACAGACCUAUAGAGCCAGCAUCACAGUGCCAUACAAUCCCAGAGGAUGAACUAUUAGAGGCAGAUGUAAUACAAUAUAUAACUCAGUCAAUGAUGCGUCGUCACAGCCUUCCACCUGUUGUGCCAAGAUGGGAGCCCACUAGUACUAGUUAUUUAAACAGACGACGCCAAAGUUGUCCAUAUAGCUCUACUGAAUACUCACCUGACCUGUCUCAGGUCAAUAGACUAUCGCGGAGUCGCUCCCCUAGUUCAUGCACCUCCAGCCCUCUACCUCGUAUCUCCACACUCAGUCCUAGUUUCGAUACAAGUCUGUUGUUAGCCACCACUGAAACAACAGAGGGUAGGACCGAUAGCGGUGAAAGACAAUUACCAAUGUCUUUCAGUUCACUUGCUCCAAAUGUAGACAGUCUUACUCACAAACAUAAUAAAUCAAAAACAUUUCAUCACACAAAUGCAGAUGGUUUAUUGAAUGAAGACAUUUUACGCUCACACUUCGCUGGACAUUCCAUUCCUUUGCUAUUUAAAGUACCAGGAGAUGUUGAUUUAGAGGGGGGAUUCCUAGGAGGGGGCUUUCCCAACCAUAAAAGGCCAAGAAGUAUGAGUGUUGAAUAUGCUCAGAAUAAUUCCACAAACAAAGAGGUGCCAAUUACUCGUAGAUCAUUCUCAGGGGAUUCAUCAUUACUUCAUGCUGAGGUUUCUUUGUUUUCAAUGCUCGGGUCACUGGACCAUGAGCUUACUGCCCAGACACAUGGACUUGCUGCCCAGACACAUGGACUUGCUGCCCAGACACAUGGACUAACAAAUGCAACACUGAGUAAACUCAAAACACAGCUUAACAUUCCAAAAUAUGGAGAUAUAGUGACAACAGAUAAUUUGUGAUAGCAGGAUUUGUAAAUGUCAAAAUAUGAUUGCAUUGCAAGAGUGUAAUAACUACAAUGUAUGUAUAAAACUGGAGCAACUGUAUGUCAACAAAAGGCGGAUUGUGUGUAUUGUGGUUUUCUUAUUUAUGUAUAACACUGUGUCACACGUGCAUGUCAAUUAGGAGUGCAUUGGGAAAGUCUGUGCCAAUGUAUAACACUGUGUCUCAAGUGAAUGUCAAUUUAGGAGUAUAUCAGGAAAGUCUGAGACAAUGUAUGACACUCUGUCACAAGUGCAUGUCAAUUUAAGAGUCCAUUGGGAAAGUACGUGACAAUGUAUAACACUGUGUCACAAGUGCAUUGGGA